CGGGGCCCGCGGUCCUGGCGGGCGGUGGUCGCGUUACCCGCCCCGUCGGCGGCCGAGCGUGGCGGGAUCCCCCGGGCGAGCUGCGCCGCCCCGGCUCGCUCUGUCCUGCCCGCCGCCGGGCUGUGAUGUGUGUGCCCCGCUCGGCGGGAGGCGGGGAGUGCCCGGCGGAGAGGAGGGGAGUUAGUCAGCGGCGAGGAGGAGGAGGCAGAGGCAGGGCCGGAGGCAGAGCCAUGGAGAGCAGCGUUAGGCGGGCGGGGCGGCCUGUGUGACCGGGGCGCAUCGCGGGGGCACGGCCCGGCAGCCCGGGCGGCAGCGGCGGGGCCGGGGAUGAAGGUGCGGCGCAGCCCCCCGCCGCCAGCCGCCGGCCCGUGACGGGGCGGGGGCCGCGGCCCCGACGGGGCGGGCGGGGGGCCGCUCGCUGCCUUCCUCGGGGCAGGCAGGCAGGCGGGCAGGAGGGAGGGGACUCCGGCAGGGGCUGCCGUCGCCCGGGGCCGCGGUGACUCAGAGCCGGGGGUGAGCCGAGGUCUGUUGUUGUGGGAUUUUUUUCCCCGGCAGGUUAUAAAUAGCCCCGCGCGGCGCCGUGUCACGGAAGGACACCCUGGCCGGGCGCGGGCAGAGGCCGCCGGCGCGCAGCCUCCCCCGGCCGGCCGCCGCCAGCCCGCCCGCCCGCGGGCCCAGCUGCCGUAGCGGCGGGGCCGCCUCCCGCCGGCUGUGCCCGCUCCCGGGGCGCGAGUGACACCGCUGGCCGGGGCAGCGACAGCCCGGCUCCGCGGGGACAGCGGCACAGCACCUCGGCCCUGUCAGACCUCGCUGAGGCAGCGGGGAAGAUGAAGCCGGAACGAGCUGUACCACAGGACACAAGCAGUCAAGUGUGCAGUCACCUGCUUCCAAUCGUCGCAGAUUAAUAGCAAAGGGCAGAGGAGAAGCAGACCACUCAGCUUGCCACAGGUUUCACUGCUCUGCAGAGCCUCAAAAUCCUGAGAAGACUAUACUUUGGAUGAAUACUUUGAGUAUGAAGCUGAGGAGUUCCUGGUCUCCUUGGCCCUGCUGAUCACUGAGGGCCGGACACCAGAGUACUCGAUCAAGGGCAGGACAGAGGGCUUUCACUGCCCACCAGCACAGUCCAGUCAGCCACCAACAACUAAGCAUGAAUGCAGCGACAAACUGGCUCAGUGUCGUCAGGCCAGGCGAACCAGAUCUGAGGUUAUGCUUCUGUGGAAGAACAAUAUUCCAAUCAUGGUAGAAGUGAUGCUACUUCCAGACUGUUGCUAUAGUGAUGAAGGGCCCACCACAGAGGGGAAUGAUUUAAAUGAUCCUGCAAUCAAACAAGAUGCAUUGCUGUUAGAAAGGUGGAUUUUGGAGCCAGUUCCUCGACAGAGUGGAGAUCGAUUUAUAGAAGAGAAGACCCUUUUACUGGCUGUUCGCUCCUUUGUUUUCUUCUCUCAGCUGAGCGCGUGGCUGAGUGUUUCACAUGGUGCUGUUCCCCGAAACAUCCUGUACAGGGUGAGCGCUGCAGAUGUGGACUUGCAAUGGACGUUCUCCCAGACACCCACUGAGCAUGUCUUUCCUGUUCCUAAUGUUUCUCACAAUGUGGCCUUGAGGGUCAGCGUCCAGUCCUUGCCCAGGCAAUCCAACUACCCAGUUUUGACGUGUAGUAUUCACACCAACCUUAGCUUUUACGAAAAGCAAAUGCAAGAGCGUAAGUUCCAUCAGCGCAGCGAUCCCGGUGCUGCUCAGCAAUGCAGUACUUCCAGUCCCCUGCGUUUUCGUGGGAAACAGACAUGGACAGUGACACCUGAAGGCCUACUUAAUGGAAAAAAGAUGCCUGAAUUUACUACAUCUUUUAGAAAUUUGAAGCUUUAUCCAUCUACUGGACUUGGAUCUGACUUUGGGGCAUCGCAGUCUAAAGUUCAGUGCUAUAAUGCCACAGCAGACAAUAAGACACAGUCUCAUGAAACACCGGUCAGAACUUUUAAAUCUUACUCUCUGGUCGAUUCCCGUGUUUCAAAUAGUCAUUGCUCUCAUCAGCCCACAGGAGAAACCAAUCCUUUGAUAGGCUCUUUACUUCAAGAGCGACAAGAAGUCAUUGCAAGGAUUGCUCAGCACUUGAUUCACUGUGAUCCAGCUACUUCACCAGUUGUUGCUGGGCGUCCAUUCACCACACAUGAAAACAUCUCAGCUACACCAAAAGCUUUUCGGAGCACUUUCGAAGAGGAAAACUUGCCAAGGAAAAGCAAGGAAAGCUCCCCUGUUCCUGCUGCCAACUUAGACAAUGCAAUACAGGAGGAUGGUGAUGAAGGCAAAACUAGAGCAGUGCCAGAGGUCACCCUGCUCAAUGCCCGUGUUCCAGGGAACCACGGUGGCCGUCAGUCGGCAGGAGAGGGUAACCCCCUGAUUGAUUCCCUGCUCCAGGAGCGGCAGGAGGUGAUAGCAAGGAUUGCCCAGCACUUGAUUCAUUGUGAUCCAGCUACUUCCCAUGUUGCUGGACAUCCAUUCAAAGUGCAUGAGGCUAGUCCAGUCACGUCAAAAAUUUUCCGAAGUACAUAUGAAGAUGAAAAUUUGCUGAAGAAAGGCAAGGAACAGUCUUCUGUUUCUUCUGCUAAAUCAAAAUUUUCGUUGUUAGAAGACGGCAGUAAAUCGGGGACAAAGACACCUGAUACCCCUAUCAGUCCUAGGUUUGAUGGAGAAUUGAAGACUUCUCUAAAAGUCCAAGCAAGAAGAAAAUUGGUUUUAGCAAAACCCAGUGAAGCUGUCCAAAAUUCAUUUCAUCAGACUUCAAAUAAAACUUCUCAUGCAUUUAGUAGCAUUCACAUAUCAUCAUCAUGUAUUAAAGAAAACAAAUCUGAAAUUCCAGAAAAAUUGGAAAUACAUUCUGGUUAUGCACAGAAAGACCAGAUAACCAAUAGAAUUAAACAGGGUUCAAAUUCCAGCAGCAUUGAUGAACAGAUUUGCACAAAUAAACUUAAAGAAAGAACAGUUGUUAGUGAGAACAAUGGCACAGACAGUUUUAAUAAUUUACAGAUAGAAAAAUGCAGAAUACUUGAAGGUACAAAAAAAGCAACUGUGAUACCGAUAUCUGACUCUUUGCACAAAAAUGAGCUCAAGUGUUUAGACAGAGACUCCAAAAAACCAAUUAUUUAUGAGCAAAAUACACAACUUGUUAGUAUUGAAAAUUAUUUAAAUAAAGACCAUGACAGUUUCAAAACCAAAACCAAACAAGAUAAAACAAAAUCUGCACAUGAUGAAAAUGAAGACCCAACAGGCCUUGAUUUUCAAAGCACUUCUCAGAAGAAACCUGCAGAAGACAAUGUGGUUAAGUGUGAGCGGCAGAAGAACCCAGAUGUACAGAAAGCACCACCUCUAAAACACACAAAUACCUGGCGGAAACACAAUUUUCGAUCCCUGGAUGGAACUUCAACCAAGGCUUUUCAUCCCAGAACUGGACUGCCUCUGCUUUCCAGUCCUGUUCCUCAAAGGAAAACACAGUCUGGGUGCUUUGAUCUGGAUUCAUCACUGUUGAAAUGUCUGUCUGCAAGAAGCCCACAACAAUGUAUAAACAAAGAUGGUGAUCCAGACAGCCAUGGGAAACCAUUUCUAAGUUCUAGUGCUCCCCCAGUAACAAGUCUGAGCCUUCUGGGAAACUUUGAGGAAUCUGUCCUGAAUUUCCGCUUGGACCCGCUCGGUGUCGUGGAGGGUUUCACAGCAGAGGUGGGAGCAAGUGGAGUCUUUUGUCCCACGCACAUGACUCUGCCAGUUGAAGUGUCAUUCUACAGCGUUUCAGAUGACAAUGCUCCCUCUCCUUACAUGGGUGUAAUUACUUUAGAGUCCCUCGGCAAAAGGGGUUAUCGAGUACCGCCUUCAGGAACAAUACAAGUGACCUUAUUUAACCCUAACAAAACUGUGGUGAAGAUGUUUGUGGUGAUCUAUGACUUGAGAGAAAUGCCAGCUAAUCAUCAAACAUUCCUACGGCAAAGAACUUUUUCUGUUCCUGUGAGACGAGAAAUCAAGCGAAAUGUCAAUAAAGAAAACAGCCACCAGACUGAAGAAAGGCUACUACGCUACCUCAUACAUCUGAGGUUCCAGAGUUCUAAAUCUGGAAAGAUCUACCUCCACAGAGAUGUAAGGCUCCUAUUCUCUCGGAAAUCCAUGGAAGUUGAUAGCGGCGCUGCAUAUGAACUCAAAUCUUACACUGAAUCUCCAACAAAUCCUCAGUUUUCACCAAGAUGCUAGCAAACAAUGGCAAAGUCAAGUAUUCAUUUUACUGUUGAGUACUCCUUGCAAGCAAAGAUUGGUAGAGACAACAGUAUCAAGUUAAGUCUGUAAAGGAAUAAAAAUAGCGCUCAAGAGAAAGAAGGUUCUGUGUGAUCCUGGACCAGUUUUUAAAAGGUUUCUGGAAUGAGCUUUGUGUAUUCCAAGUAGACUGGAAACAUACUUAAAUCUAAUCUUUUUGUACUGUUUAAAACCACUUCAUUGGAUGUGUUGCAAUAGCAAAUUCCCAAGUUAGUUUAGUGUUUACACUUUUUAUUUUAUUUUUCAGUUAUUUAAUAUUUAAUGUUUCAUUUAAUACUCAAGUGAUGUUUGUCUUUAGUGUUCUAAUGUAGCAUAAAUCCUAUGUAAAAUCAUACUAUGUAUUUUUGGCAUUAAUAUUGAAAUCUGAAAUAUAUACAGAUGUCUUUAAUCUGUGUGCUGUUUUAAGUGAUAUUCAUUUAAGUUAUUGAAAAUGGGGACAACAGGUGAAUUUCCAUAACAUUUCAUACUAUGCAAGCAUUUAGCUGUUUUUUUCUCUUUAAUGGUACCAUUUUCCAUUUUUUCUCACAUCCAGAUUUAAUAACACUUGCAACCACACUGCAGAUUGUUUAUUUACUUACUUAUUCAUUCAGAUCAUUCAUUCAAUUCACAUUUUGCUCCCUCAAUUUCUUUUUUCUUUCCUUAAGGGCCAUUUUAAUUUUGCUUUCUGUUAUUAAUUUUCCUCAGAUAAAAUUUGCACCCUCCCCCAUUUUAUUUCUCAAAUUGUGUUAAAGGAUGUACUGUGCAAACAAAUUAGUAUUUAUAUCUCAAAUAUAUGCAAAAGCUAUAAAACUUGUACUUUUUGUUUUAUUUUUAGAUGAGAGGAUCUUCACUAAAUAUUUUUCAUAGGUCAAUUCCAUGUAGGCCACUAGGUGGCCAUAGGAGGUUUUACUGGCAAUGCUACACUGGGCAUAUGACUAUUUUCCAAUGUGUGUGUGUGUUCCUACAACAAAACAGUCAGAUGAACAGUUUAUGCUAAGUGUUAAACUGUGUAACUGAGAGAAAUAAAGUUAGAAGCAUUUGAUUAUA